AUGGGGUACCACCCACGGUGUUUUAGUGUUCGGAUGGCCACUUGCUUUGCUGUUCAGAACAACCAUCCUCCCCCACCACCAGACCGGCAGGCCAGCACUCUCCGUGGGCCACCAAUCCUGCUGUACAGAGCAGGCGGCGCAUCGGGAAUUGGAAGCAAGGGGCUGGCAAACAAGGCGGGUUGGACGGGCCGUCGGGCUGCGCAAGAACACCCGGUCACGCCAGUUGUCCGUUCCCGAGACAGAGCGUUGUUGUGUGACCGUCCGGAAGCCUCGUGUUGGCGAUAUGACGCGCCGCUGGGGGGGCAGAAACGUACGAGGCAGGAGGCUCGACAAGGGGGAGGCGAGUAUUAUUCUUGGUUCAGCUGGCAUCCCGACCGUCUCGUCUGCCCACGGGGAGGGAUUGUCGGUGAAGCCCAUCGGCCACGCUUCCCCCCGUACACUACUUGCUGCCAUGUUCGCGCUACCACUACUAACGCACGACGGAGAAGAGGCGUCAAAGACCCGGGCCAGAGCGGUGCCUGUCAAGCCCUGUCAUUCCCCAACCACAUACGUCAGGCGUCACCACCCAUGGGGCACUGGCCUUGCUCAAGCUCGCCGUCGUGUCGCCGGGAUGCUGGCCGAGCGCAUUCGUGGCACCGCGUUUGCUCAGAGUCCGCAGACUGCCGCAUGCCUUGCAUUGGGACCCUGGCACGCACGCUGGCCAUGGCCAUGAGCACGGCUGACGAUGGAACCACUCCUGCUUGUCUUCGGCCUCGACGUCGCCGCUUUGUCAUGGCCCCAGAUGGACGGACGGAGAACCGGAGCUGCCCAGCGGCAUCGCCCCAGACGGGGUGCGAGGAGAGAGGAAAGAGAGGACGGCGAGACAAGAAAGCCAGGCCUGGCCAGAGCCCAAUCAGAGGCCCGAAGAUCAGCGGCCGGCCGGCCGGCGGGCAAGAAAUGGCCCUGGCGGUGCGUGGGUGCACUGCUCGAGCCCCGCGGACACGAGAACCAAAGAAAGGAGGAGGAGCCUUGGGGAAAAGUGGUGUUGCUGCUGGUGCUGGUGCUGCUGGUGCUGCUGCCACCGCCGCCUCUGCCUCCGUAGCCGCUGCUGCGGCGAAAAAGCAACCUGGCGAAUCAACGGCUUGUCCCUGA